AUGGUUGACGCUCAGACAGGGCACUUCCAAACGCUGCAAAUGGGCACAAAGCCUGCUCCCCGCAUUCGAAGCCAAGACCAUGGAACCCGCUCUAUCCCCAAGGAACUGCCGGAGGAUCUGUACAACAAGAGCUGGCUCAAGUCGCUCUCCGCGAAGGAGCUCAAGGAGGUGAAGGUGUCGAAGCAGGCUUUUGUGUUGUUUGUUGCAGCAACCGAGCGCAUGAGAUUGUAG